AUGUUUAUGACCCAGAUCGUGUUCGGGAUAGCCCCGACCCUUCUCAAGACCUUCUCCCACCUCACUGCCCUCGAUCUCUGGCGACCAUCCGCACCCUACGUGUUCGAUCCUGUCACGAGUAGCACCUACCUAGGGACUAUAGCCGAUGGGGUCGAGGAGUUCCUUGGGAUCUUCUACGGCCAAGACACGGGUGGAUCGAACCGUUUCGCACCCCCAAAGCCCUAUAUUCCCUCCCGCCACAGUUUCAUUAAUGCGAGCACGGCGGGCGCCGCAUGUCCCCAGCCCUAUGUUCCUCUGCCAGCCGAUCCAUAUACCGUUCUCACCAAUGUAUCAGAGGACUGUCUCAGCCUGCGCAUUGCGCGACCAGAAAAUACGAAGUCUACUGCGAAGCUGCCCGUGAUGGUUUGGCUGUAUGGAGGAGGAGCUUCCGUCGGAACAGCCUAUGAUGUAUCGUAUAAUCCUGUCGGACUGAUCCAGCAGUCCGUGGUGAAUGGGAGUCCAGUGAUCUACGUCGCUAUCAACUACCGGGUAAACCUUUUUGGACAUGCCUUCUCGGACGCUCUUCUAAAGUCCAAGUCCACGAAUCUGGCUAUGCAAGACCAACGUCUUGGGAUCGAAUGGAUCAAGAAUCAUAUUUCUGCGUUCGGAGGCGAUCCAGACAAUAUCACCCUCUUCGGAGAAGACGAGGGUGCAACGUACAUCGCUCUUCACAUUCUCUCAAACCAUGAAGUGCCAUUUCAUAGAGCAAUCUUGCAGAGUGGAGCCGCCAUAACGCAUCACGAUGUCAACGGGAAUAGAUCCGCGAGGAACUUCGCGGCCGUCGCGGCCAGGUGCAAUUGUCUCUCUGAUGGCGACCGACAGGUAGACUCCCAAGACACAGUUGACUGUCUCCGACGAGUUCCUAUGGAAGAUCUAGUCAACGCAACGUUUGAAGUCGCGCACUCUGUUGAUCCCGUGAACGGGUUCCGCGCAUUUAUGCCCGCCGUAGACGGCUACAUGAUACCGGAUGAGCCAUCCAACCUUCUUUCAAGAGGCCAAGUACCAGCCAAUAUAUCUAUCCUAGCAGGAUGGACGCGCGACGAAAGCUCCAUGUCCGUCCCAACGAGUAUCCGCACCGCAGCCGACGCUGCCUCCUUCAUCUCAACCCAAUUUCCGUUAUUGAACGCCUCAACUAUCCACCACUUUCUCACAUCUCUCUACCCCGAAUCGGACUUUACCACCAACAGUCCAUCUUCACCGGAGAAAGUUACGCCCGCCUGGCGCGCGACAUCAGCUCUCCACAGAGACCUUACCCUUACGUGCCCGACUAUCUUCCAAGCAUGGUCCCUGCGCCUCUCAUCCAACUGUACAACUCCGGUGUAUCUGUACGAACUGCGUCAAAGUCCCUUCGCGACAGCUCUCAACAACAGUGGUGUGGGAUACUUGGGCAUCGUACAUUUCUCGGAUGUACCGUAUGUCUUUAAUGAGUUGGAAAGAACAUACUACAUUACUGACCCGGAGGAGAAUAAGCUUGCUCAGAGGAUGAGCGCGAGCUGGACUGCUUUCGCAAGCGGUGCUUUCCCUCUUUGUGAACGGUCUGAGAGAUCAUUGGGGAGAUGGGAGGAGGCGUAUGGGGGGGACAGGGUUUGUAGGGAUCGAAUGCCAGAGCAUGUACGGGUGAAAGGUAUUGGGGAUAAUGGCGACCAGGAUGAUGGGGAUGAGAUAGGGAAGCUUAUGGCAAGGUGUGGGUUUAUUAAUCGGUUGGAGUACUAG